UUUGUGUCCAAGCAAGACUCUCCAACACUUCUGUGUGAAUUGAUGUUUCGUUGCCGACCCAGUCAGCCUCUGAAUUUCUUGCCUCGUCGUUCUAACGGGAUUGGUCUCAGCCUUCUGCCAACGACCACGAGUUCUGCAUUAGCACCUCUGCAUGACCCUGUGGAUAUUUGUGCUUCUGCUAUCAUGACAGCAAAGUAGCUUUUUCAUGAAUUGUCCCCGAAACGAAUUAUCAAUCUUCAAAGCCUCUCUGUCUGGACUGAGAAGAUCGUCUUGAUCCGGUGAUCCUGCCUCUUUGUGUUUUUUCCAGUGGCUGCCCUGGAUGGGCGGAGCCUCCUGAGCGCACCUGGUCCAUAUUAGCAUGGCAGCAUGGCUUUUCAGCGCAGGGCAAACUGCAGGCAGAUGCCGGACUAUUGUUUACUAUCUGCCAGUUGCUUCGUGCUUGUGUAUCCUCGCUGUAUAAGAUUCAGUAUUCCUGUUUUUCCUCUUCUCUUCGUCUUCACGUGGUUCGAGCGAGUGAGCAUGAUGAUCAUCCUGCUGAACUGCGUCACGCUGGGAAUGUACCAACCCUGCCAGAACAUCGACUGCUCCUCCGACAGAUGCCAGAUACUGUCUGCCUUCGACGCCUUCAUCUACAUCUUCUUCGCCCUGGAGAUGGUGAUCAAGAUGGUGGCGCUGGGAAUCUUCGGCCCACGCUGUUACCUUGGCGACACCUGGAACCGCCUGGACUUCUUUAUCGUCAUGGCAGGCAUGGUGGAGUACUCGCUGGACCUGCAGAACCUCAACUUCACGGCCAUCAGGACGGUGCGAGUCCUGCGACCGCUCAAAGCCAUCAACAGAGUGCCUAGCAUGCGCAUCCUCGUCAACCUGCUGCUGGACACGCUGCCCAUGUUGGGUAACGUGCUGUUGCUGUGCUUCUUCGUCUUCUUCAUCUUCGGCAUCAUCGGCGUGCAGUUGUGGGCGGGGCUGCUGAGAAACCGCUGCUACCCGGAGGAGAAUUUCACGCUGACGACAGGCAUCCGCCUUCCGCGUCCGUACUACAUGGCGGACGAGGACGACGAGCGUCCGUUCAUCUGUUCCCUGCCGGUGGACAACGGCAUUAUGUCGUGCCGGGACAUGCCGGCGCGGCGCGAGGGUGGUCGCACGUGCUGCCUGGACAAAGACGACGUGCUCUACCGCCGCUCGCUGGGCCUGGACGUGGAGCCGCGGCAAAACGGCAGCGCCGGGGCAUCGGGCCUGUGCGUCAACUGGAACCAGUACUACACCAGGUGUCACACCGGAUUCAGCAACCCGCACAAAGGAGCCAUCAAUUUCGACAACAUUGCUUACGCCUGGAUCGUCAUCUUCCAGGUGAUCACGCUGGAGGGCUGGGUCGAGAUCAUGUACUAUGUGAUGGAUGCGCAUUCCUUCUACAACUUCAUCUACUUUAUCCUACUAAUAAUUGUGGGCUCAUUCUUCAUGAUCAACCUGUGCCUGGUGGUGAUCGCCACGCAGUUCUCGGAGACCAAGCAGCGCGAGCACCAGCUGAUGCAGGAGCAGCGAGCCCGAUGCUCGUCCUCGUCCACGCUGGCCAGCGAGCCCGGCGACUGCUAUGAGGCACUCUUCCAGCUCCUCUGCCACGUCAUCCGCAAGGCCCGCAGGCAGGCCCUCGCCCUCUUCAACGCCCUGCGCGGCAAACCCCGAGGGUUCCGCGGCGUCGGUAGGGGCCGGCGGGGGGGCGACGCCAGGGAGCGCAGGGCCAACGGGAGGGGAGGGCGGGCGAGCCGCACCGUUUUACGACCUGGCCCACCUUGCCACCACCAUGACAAACCCAACCACGCCCGCUCUGGAGAGCCCCCGCCCAUCACUGACGGGGUUACGCCCGUCACGGGUGAUGGGGAGGCGGCGGAGGGCGUCGUCAUCAAGGACUUCCGCGAGGGCGCCGGCGAGCGCUGCGGGAGGCUGUGGUACGACACCAGGAUGAAGCUGUGGGGCAUCGUGGAGAGCAAGUACUUCAACAGGGGCAUCAUGAUCGCCAUCCUCAUCAAUACCAUCAGUAUGGGCAUUGAGCAUCACCAGCAGCCAGAGGAGCUGACCAACGUUCUGGAGAUCUGCAACAUUGUCUUCACCAGCAUGUUCUCCCUGGAGAUGAUCCUCAAACUCACCGCCUUCGGCUCCUUCCACUACCUGAGGAACCCCUACAACGUCUUUGACGGCAUCAUCGUCAUCAUCAGCGUGUGUGAGAUCGUGGGCCAGUCUGACGGCGGACUGUCGGUGCUGAGGACCUUCCGGCUCCUGCGGGUCCUCAAACUCGUCAGGUUCAUGCCGGCUCUGAGGAGGCAGCUGGUGGUUCUCAUGAAGACCAUGGACAAUGUGGCCACUUUCUGCAUGCUGCUCAUGCUCUUCAUUUUCAUCUUCAGUAUUUUGGGGAUGCACAUCUUUGGCUGCAAGUUCAGCCUGAAGACGGAGAUGGGAGACACGGUGCCCGACAGGAAGAACUUUGACUCGCUGCUGUGGGCCAUCGUCACGGUCUUCCAGAUCCUGACUCAGGAGGACUGGAACGUGGUCUUGUACAACGGCAUGGCGGCCACGUCACCACUGGCGGCGCUCUACUUUGUGGCCCUCAUGACCUUUGGGAACUACGUCCUUUUCAACCUGCUGGUGGCCAUCUUGGUCGAGGGUUUUCAGGCAGAGGGUGACGCCAAUCGUUCCUAUUCUGACGACGACCGAUCCUCCUCCAACUUUGAUGAGAGCGAGAAGCGCGAUUCCAUAAAACUGUCCGACCCCAGGAUCUACACCUUAAUGCCCAACGGCCACCUAGAGCUGGGCGCCCUCGCAGGGUCCCGUGGGGGCUCGCACUCCUCCGAGAGGCAGAGCUUCACUGGCGAGUCACGGAACAGCAGCGUGAUUAGUGGGGGAAAGGGGAGCCUGGAGAGACGGUCCCUCUCGCUGCGGCUCGGUCGCAGUUCCAACUACCACAACUGGGGACGCCCUUUUCAUCCUCAAUCUGCGUGGAGCCGCAGGUCCAGCUCCAAUAGCCUGGGCCGCAGGAACUACGGCUUCGGAGGGGCUCCUCUGGUGGGGGGGAGCCUCCGCGUACACAGCACACGCACCCCUUACUCGUACCCCCACCCUGCCGAGCAGGAGUCCCUCCUCUCCAGGCCCCCACACCCCCACCAUGCUCCACCCCUUCACGGUCCUCCCCCAGCCGGACUCCUGCUGUCCAGAAGGGACCGCCGGGCUCUGUCCCUGGAACUACCGGAGCUACUCCGGGCCGGGGGACAGGGGGGCUGCCCGCCUCCCGCAAACACCAGCUCCGGGAAGAGAAGCAGGGGGUCUGUCACAGGGGGUUCCGGGACGGGGAGCGGCGUCGGGACGGACCACCGGGACUGUAACGGCAAGACCCCCGGACCCCACAGCCUACUGAUGGUUAAUGUUUUCCCGCAAGUCAAUGCACGCAAGGAGAGAGCAAAUCUAGAUGAAGAGACUGACUAUGGUGUUUGUUUUCGCGUGCAGAAGAUGUUUGAGGUGUACAAGCCGGAUUGGUGUGAGAGUCGAGAGCACUGGUCCGUCUACUUCUUCUCCCCACAGAACAAGUUCAGGGCAGUCUGCCAGUCAAUCAUUGCUCACAAGCUCUUUGACUACGUGGUGCUGGUCUUCAUCUUUCUCAAUUGCAUCACGGUGGCUCUUGAGAGGCCCAGGAUCCUCCAAGGCAGUCUGGAAAGGCUUCUCCUCACCAUUUCCAACUAUGUCUUCACUGCCAUCUUUGUGGCCGAGAUGACCCUCAAGGUGGUGUCCAUGGGUCUGUACCUGGGUGAGACGGCCUACCUGCGGAGCAGCUGGAACAUUCUGGACGGCUUCCUGGUCUUCGUGUCGCUCAUCGACAUCGUGGUGUCCAUGGCGGGCGGCGCUAAAAUCCUCGGUGUCCUCCGCGUCCUCAGGCUACUGCGGACGUUGCGACCCCUCAGGGUCAUCAGCAGAGCUCCGGGUCUGAAGCUGGUGGUGGAGACCCUCAUUACCUCUCUCAAGCCCAUCGGCAACAUCGUCCUCAUAUGCUGUGCCUUUUUCAUCAUCUUUGGAAUUCUUGGCGUUCAGCUGUUCAAAGGCAAAUUCUACUACUGCGUGAGUCUCAACGUGAAGAACAUCACCAACAAGUCUGACUGCCUGGCCGCCAACUACCGAUGGGUGCACCACAAAUACAACUUUGACAAUCUUGGUCAGGCUCUGAUGUCCUUGUUUGUGCUGGCCUCCAAAGAUGGCUGGGUGAAUAUCAUGUACCACGGACUGGAUGCAGUGGGCAUUGACCAGCAGCCGGUGAUCAACAACAACCCGUGGAUGCUGCUUUACUUCAUCUCUUUCCUGCUCAUCGUCAGCUUCUUUGUGCUCAACAUGUUUGUGGGCGUGGUGGUGGAGAACUUCCACAAGUGUCGCCAACACCAGGAGGUGGAGGAGGCCAGGCGGCGCGAGGAGAAGCGCCAGCGACGCAUGGAGAAGAAGAGGCGCAAGGCCCAGAAGCUUCCUUACUUCGCCUCCUAUGGCCCGGCACGACUGGCCAUCCACACACUGUGCACCAGCCACUACCUGGACCUGGUCAUCACCUUCAUCAUCUGCAUCAAUGUCAUCACCAUGUCACUUGAGCACUACAGCCAGCCUCAGUCUCUGGAGACUGCACUGAAGUACUGCAACUACUUCUUCACGUCCACAUUUGUCAUUGAAGCAACUCUAAAGCUUGUGGCCUUCGGAUUUCGACGUUUUUUCAAGGACAGGUGGAACCAGUUGGACCUGGCCAUCGUGUUGCUGUCGGUGAUGGGCAUUACGCUGGAGGAGAUUGAGAUCAACGCCUCCCUACCCAUCAAUCCAACCAUCAUCAGGAUUAUGAGGGUGCUCAGGAUAGCGAGAGUGUUGAAGUUGCUUAAGAUGGCAACCGGGAUGAGAGCUUUGCUGGAUACUGUCGUCCAAGCUCUGCCUCAAGUGGGAAAUCUCGGCCUGCUGUUCAUGCUGCUCUUCUUCAUCUACGCUGCACUCGGUGUGGAGCUCUUUGGAGAGCUGGUGUGCAACAUUGACUAUCCAUGCGAGGGCAUGAGCCGUCAUGCGACCUUCGAGAACUUCGGAAUGGCGUUCCUCACACUCUUCCAGGUCUCCACGGGCGACAACUGGAACGGCAUCAUGAAGGACACCCUCCGCGAGUGCCCUCCGGGGCGUCCGGGCGGCGACUACGGCUGCCACGCGGGCCUCCAGUUCAUCUCUCCUUUGUACUUCGUGUCAUUCGUUUUGACGGCUCAGUUCGUCCUCAUCAACGUGGUGGUGGCCGUACUCAUGAAGCACCUGGACGACUCCAACAAGGAGGCACAGGAGGACGCCGAGAUGGACGCAGAGAUCGAGCUGGAGCUGGCCCAGGGCGGCCUGUGCUGCAUAAUGGGUGGCAUCGGGGCCAUCGCGGGGGCCACGGGUGGGGCUGUCGGCGGAGUGGGCGACGGCGCGGUCGGAGGGCAGAGCGGAGCUUUGAUGGCGCUGCCAAAAAACGGAGGAGGUGGUGGAGUAGGGGCUCCUGAGGAAGGACACACGAAUCCCAGAUGUCGACUUUAUUCUCCUGCUCAGGAGAGCCAGUGGCUGGACAGUGUGUCUCUGCUCAUCAAAGACUCUAUGGAAGGCGAUAUGAUUGACAACCUCUCCGGCUCCGUCUUCCAUCAUUACUCCCACAUUUGCAAGGACUGUGACGGACACACACAAGAGGUCUGUCUGGCGGAGGUGGAGAGAAUGUCACUGAUGUCAGAGCAGCUGUCUGACAAAUCAUCAUCACCGGCACUGCCCGAUGAUCUCAGCCUGGACGAACACGCCAGCUACCAGAUGCUGAUAGGAGGAAGCCAGGAGGGCAGCAGUGGUGACUCCCACAGUUUGGGUGAGUCGCACACUGAGAGACUCUACAAGGGGCUCCCUUGUACAGCCCCUUCCAGAGGAGAGGAAGAAGAUGAAGAGAAGGAAGUUCACCAGCUUAUUGAGGCGAGCGUCCAUCCUUACUUGUGUCCGCCAUGGGUGGAACGACAAAGCCCAACGCAUUGCACAGAUGAGUGCAUAAGCUGCAUCGAUGGAGGCCUCAGGUCUUCGCCGCUCUUCCACCUCCCGGCUGACUUCUUUCACCCCAACCCUCGAGACAGGCCUUCGUCCCGGCUGGCCUCCCCGGCCUCCUGGGCGUCCCUCCGCUCACCCAGAGCCAACAGUGGGACGGUGCGCUCACGGCACCUGUCCCAGAGCGGCUCGUCGUCAGCCGCUGGUAGUCCUGAGGGCAGCCAACAGGUGGCGCUGGAGGAAGGCCUCACCUUCAGUGUCUCACCACCUCGGCAUCUUGAUCCCCCGUAUCACCCAUCAGAGCCCACUCCAGUCCAGCAUGAUCACCCUACAGUGAAGAACCACAGCCCCACUUCCCACCACCAGGCCACCGAGGGGCACCAGAGGAGCCCCAGCCCCCCGCACCAGGACUCUGUGGAGCCCCCUGACGAAGACAUGGGGGAGGAUCUGUCUAACACCAACAACAGCCUCUCACUGACCCGUCAGCAAACAGACAGAAAGAGCAGCCGGGAACGGGACAUAAACUCCCGGAAGAACAGAUGAAACUUUUUGUCAUCCCACCAUGCUCAGAACUCUUCCAACUCGUUCUUGAUGACACAACUCUCUCGUCUUUGAACCAUCUGUUCUCUGUUGCUCAACUGCUCGGGAUUGGUCGUCUGAAGAGCAACCUCGCUUUCCAGACUCUGGGAUGACGGGCAAGAGUUUAGAACCCGGGGAUUUAGGCUCUGGAUGUUAAUGGGAAAUAUUCUUGGAGCUUUGAAAUGUGUCUGUGGAAUCUGUCAGUGAUUCAGGACUUUGGUUUUUCGAACCAGAACCCCCUUGGUCACAUUACAGCCGGUGUCCACGUUUAUAUCGUACCGUCAAUAACAAUGGCAUUGACAGACAGGUGGAUUCUGUCGGGUACACAACAUUGCCAGGUUAUUUUCUGUGAUCUUGUGCGUGAAUGUCCAUGUAUCUGUCCUCCAAAGAUGCGUUUCCACAAAGCGACCGGGUCCAGUUGGCGGUCUAGAAGGGUUAAAUCGACACCGUGACCAUGCACUAUAGACAAGUAUUGACAAUAGACGGUAUGCUUGAAUUUCUUCAGUUAGUUAGAGACAAAAGGACAAAGGGAACUGCUGCUUGGUGGCUUGGUGGAAACAGGUCCUUAGAUUUCGCCAGGUCUGAAAGUGAACCCCUUCAGAGCAGUAAUAUGUCCGUAUGUUUGACAAUCUUCAAGGUUAGGUAGAGAGUGGACAAAAUAAAGACUUUGGAAAAUGGAAACCCAAUUGAACGCGUACCGUACUGAGCUGUAGUGCUGCUUAGUAAAAACAGUAAUUUGGAGCUCGUCUGGUCUGAAAGUGAACCAUCAAAUGUGAUGCGUAUCAAUUAUGUCAGUACAGUUGCCUUCCUUUACGGUUAGGUAGAGACUUGGAGAAAAUGGAUACCCAAAUGAAUGUGGACCAAAUUUAACCAAAACCAUAUUGCUGCUUGGUGGAAACAGGUUUUGAGUAUCUUUGUUGCGUCUGAAAGUGGACUCCUAAAAGUGGUUCGAAUCUUUUUUUUUUUUUUUUUUUUUUUUCCCUAGUACUUUUCACUUUUUUUCAUGGUUAGGUUUAGACUUUGAAAAACAGAAGCCCACAUAAAUGCGAACCGUAAUGUACUGCUGCUUGGUAAAAACAGGUCUACAGUGUCUUUGUGGGUCUGAAAUGAAACACUAAAAGUGCUUUGGAUCAGUUAUAUCAGUACCUUUCACUUCUUUCACGGUUAAGACUUUGGACAACAAAAACCCAAAUGAAAACUUUUCAUACCAUACUGAACCAUACUGCUGCUUGGUGGAAACAGGUCUUCUGAACUCAUCAGGUCUGAAAAUGAACCAGUGAACAUGGUUUGGAAUUGAUCAGUGAUACACUAUAUUGCCAAAAGUAAUCGCUCACCUGGCUUGACUCGCAUAUAAACUUAAGGGACAUCCCAUUCCUCAUCCAUCUUCCGAGCCGCUUCUCCUCACUAGGGUCUCGGGCGUGUUGGAGCCUACCCCAGCUAUCAUCGUGCAGGAGGCGGAGUACACCCUGAACUGGUUGCCAGCCAAUCGCAGGGCACAUACAAACAAACAACCAUUCGCACUCACAUUCACACCUACAGACAAUUUAGAGUUGUCAUUUAACAUACCAUGCAUGUUUUUGGGAUGUGGGAGGAAACCGGAGUGCCCGGAGAAAACCCACGCAGGCACGGGGAGAACAUGCAAACUCCACACAGGUGGGGCCGGGGAUUGAACCCCGGUCCUCAGAACUGUGAGGCUGACGCUCUAACCAGUCGUCCACCGUGCCGCCCCAUUCCUCAUCCAUAGGGUUCAAUAUGACGUUGGUCCACCCUUUGCAGCUACUGUAUAACAGCUUCAACUCUUCUGGGAAGGCUGUCCACAAGGUUUAGGAUUGUGUUUAUGGGUAUUUUUGACAAUUCUUCCAGAAGAGCAUUUAUGAGGUCACGCACUGAUGAAGGAUGAGAAGGCCUGGUUCUCCCGCUCUAAGUCAUCUCAAAGGUGUUCCAUUGGGAUGAGGUCAGGACUCUGUGCAGGCUAAUCAAGUUCAUGCACACCAGACUCUGUCAUUCAUGUCUUUGGGCACUGGUGCAGAGUCAUGUUAGAAGAGGAAGGGGCCAGCUCCAAACUGAUCCUACAAAGUUGAGAGCAUGGAAUUGUCCAAAAUCUCUUACUAUGCUGAAGCAUUCAAAGUUCCUUUCACUGGAACUAAGGGGCCAAGCCCAACUCCUGAAAAACAACCCCACACCAUAAUCCCAUGUCUACCCAACUUUACACUUGGCACAAUGCAGUCAGACAAGUACCGAUCUCCUGGCAACUGCCAAACCCAGACACGCCCCUCAGAUUGGCAGAUGGAGAAGCGUGAUUUGUCACUCCAGAGAAUGCGUCUCCACUGCUCUCGACUCCAGUGGGGGCGUGCUUUACACACCACCGCAUCCGACGCUUUGCAUUGCAUUUGGUUAUGUAUGGGUCGGACGCAGCUGCUCGGUCAUGGAAACCCAUUCCAUGAAGCUCUUUGCGCACUAUUCUUAAGAUAAUCUGAAGGCCACAUGAACUUUGGAGGUCUGUAGCGAUUGACUCGGCAGAAACUUAACGACCUCUUCGCACUAUGCGCCUCAGCAUCCCUUCCACGUUCUUACAAUACAGCUGCCAGUCGACUGUGGAAUAUUUAGGAGCGAGGAAAUUUCACGACUGGACUUGUUGCAGAGGUGGCAUCGUAUCACAGUUCCACGCUGGAAUUCACUGUGCUCCUGAGAGCGCCCCAUUCUUUCACAAAUGUUUGUAAAAACAGUCUGCAUGCCGAGAUGCUCGAUUUUAUACACCUGUGGCCAUGGAAGUGAUUGAAACACCUGAUUCCGAUUAUUCGGGUGGGGGAGCGAAUACUUUUGGCAAUAUAGUGCAUCUCAGUAUGUUUGACUUCCUUCACGGUUAAGUCGAGACUUUGGACAACGAAUUCCUUACCAUAUCGUAUAAUAUUGCUGCUUGAUGGAAACAGGUCUUCGUCACUUGUAGGGUCUGAAUGUGGAAUAUUAAACAAUACGUGGGCUCCUUAGUCGUGCCCGCAUACCCACGAAAAGGGCUAAAAAUGUGUGAUUCAAAAGAGUGCAGAUGUGGGCCAAAUACUGUCAGCAUCAGUCUUUGAUGCCCAAACAUGGUGUGUUUAACCGCAGGUAUGGCGUCAAGGGGCUGCAUGGGAAUUUAUCAUCCAUCCCACCUGGGUUUAAAACAGUCUUAUUUAUGUAUCCUGGCAAGUUUAGUUUUCCUGUGUUGCACCACCUGUUGGCUGUCUUUUCACUCGCUGUUCCUUGCGCCAAUGCCUUGUUUUUUAAAGGGGACAUAUUAUGGAAAGUAACAUUUAAAAUAAAUGCAUACAAAUGUACUUGUACUAGUCAGCACUACAGCAGCAGAAUUCUGGACCAAAUGGAGAGUCUUUCACAGAACGAGAUCUAAGAGAAUGUAUUUCUGUCCUACAUUUAGUUAUCACUCAAGCAGCAUCCGCAGCAGUCUUCUAAAGACUUACAGAGACAUAAUACUGUCCACAGUAAAUGUAUUUCAGUAUUUCCCACCAGUUCUAGUUAGCACUUGAGCAGUAGCAUUCUGGAACUGAUGACUCGUUCAGUGAUUUGCUGGUGCUGCCACUUUUAUCGAAGUUCGACCAAGCAAAUAUAUUUAUAGUCCUCUAAGUUCUAGUCAGCCCGCAGCCCUUGUGAGGAUAAAGCGGUACAGAAAAUGGAUGGAUGGAUGGAUGGAUGGAUGGAAGUUCUAGUCAGCACUCAAGCAUCAGGAGCAGCAGUUUGGUAACUGGCAUAAUACAGACAUACAUAAUAGACAUAAUACAGUUUCUCUACCCAAGAAUUGGCAGCUACCAAGGCAAAGAUUCACCAUUUACAUUCACCAUUUUUUUGUGUGCAAAUGACAGACUACAUGGAAAAACAAUCAUGCCAUGAAAGCUAAGCAGAGCUGGGAUGCUAGUAAAUGCACAGUUUAGCAUGUCGUGGAGAAAAAAAAUGCAUAAUAUGUCUCCUUUAAGGCUAUUAAACCAAUGCUGAAAA